GACCAUCUCCUGUCAGUUUCUCGUGAUCUCGGCUAGGUUGCACCCCGAGAUCCUUCCCCCAGAGUUCGGUUGGAGUCACUCUAUAAAUGUCCCCGGGAGUUUCCGAAAUCCACACUCGGUGACUUCAACUGAACAAUGGUUAACAUGAGCUAUCACCAAUCUCUACAAAAACACACACAGACCCUGAAUCCAAAACAGCCGAGGAAAAGAAAUAAUAAAAAGAAAAGGAAUCAUUGGGACAAUAUACCGCCAUCGACUCACAUUCAAACUUGAUUGACAGGAGACACUUUUGAGGUCUGGUGUGCUAGGUGUGGGAGCAUAUCGUGUUGUGUCUGUGGAUAGCGACUGAUUGGUGCGAUGACUGCGGAGUGGCUGUACCCCCCUGGCGUGGGGCCGCUGUGUGGUGCAGAGUUGGAGGCGUGGUAUGAAGACCUACAGGAUAUACUGGGCUCCGACGCGGGCGGGGCCAAACUCACGCGAGCCCCGCCUUGCUCCGAGAAGGAGCCCGAGUUUCUGGAUGUGUUGGAGAGCUGCUCGCUCACCUGGUUGACCGAGGGGCAGGUAUGGGGCGACGGGGUGCAACGGGUCACCGACGAACCGCCCGUCCACUCGCCGCCACCGCCGCGACAGGAUGACCGGAGAGGCGGCGGAAGUGACUCGGAGCACACCUCCUCCGGAGGAGACCUGCUUCCGCCAGAGUUCUUCGAGCUCCUCAGCGAAGGCGGCGUCGGGUCGGUGGAGACGAUGGUGACCGGCGGGUACCACGUUUCGCAUCACGCCCCUUCGUCGCCGUCCGCCAGCGAGGAGGAGCUCCCGACGGUCCCGGACACGUCGUCGUCCUGCUCCUCGGCGUCCCGCUCGCCCUCCCUCAACUGCUCCCCGCCGCCGUCCCCUCCCGUCUCCGCACGGCCGGGAAAGAGAAAGCGGGCCGGCGACAAAGGAGGAGGCGCACCGUGCUCCCCAUCCCCCGGGAAGAAGAGCAGACGGGAGCGCGAGCAGGAGAACGAGAGGAAGGUGCAGGAGCUGACGGAUCAGAACGAGCGCCUCAAAGCCGAGAUCGAACGGCUGGGAGAGGAGGUGCAGCGGACGCGCCGGGCGCUCAUCGAGAGACUCGUCAACACCAGGAGGUGAAGAAGCAACAGGAGGAGCCGAGGGGCCGAAGGGAAACCAACAAUUGGCGGAAAUUCAUCUCGCGGUGACCGUGAAAUGCACAUUUAGAGGGAGAUAAAAGACACGUGGGACGGGGGGAGAGAGAGGAGGUUCGCUGAGCGACUCCCGCCGAGAGAGAAAGAGAAAGUCAGAUUGAGCCGUAGAAAAGAAAGAAUGUGGAGCCCAACGGAAACGCGGUCAAAUCUCAGCCCGAAUCCAAAGCAAAGAAGAAAUGGUUUUUCACUAAGAAAAUAAAUUUGUUAUUUAAAUAGAUUUGUUAUUUUAGUAAAUUAAAAGCAGGGAUACAUUUAAAUCAAUGUAACUAAAUCAAUGUAAGGCGGAUGCUACAAAAUGUUGCAUAAAUGUUGCAAUUUAACAAAUUGCAAAUAAACUAAAGAAUGAAAAGUAUCAAAAGCAAAAAAAAAAAAAUAAAUAAAAACCAAGCGCAAAUCAAGUUCAAUUAAGACUUUUUUUGCUGCAGUAAAUUAACUAAUUUCUUAAACAUUAAAAUCAGCAUAAAGGCGAAUACUACAAUGUAUAAAUGUUACUGAACAAAUUACAACAGAUUUAGAUUACAGCAAUAAAUCUAUCAAAACCAAAUUAGAUUUAUCAUUAAGAAAAUUAAGCAUAAUUUAAGGAAAAAUCUAAAAUGACAAGUGAACUUUUUAAAAAUGCAAAUACCGUUUAUUCGUAUUGUAACAAUAACACAUGCUACAAUUUAACAAAUUAUAUUACAAAUAAGAACAAUAUGAUUUACAUUACGGCAAUAAGAGUAUUAAAAACAAAUAAGAAACUUGAAGCGUAAUUUAACGAAAAACGACGAAUGCAAAUACUGCUAUUUAUUUGUAAUAUAAUUUGUUAAAUUGUAUCAUUAAUACUUGAGUAACAAAUUAUGUUACAAAUAAAAACAAAUAUGAUUUACAUUACGGCAAUAAAAGUAUCAAAACCAUAAGAAACUUGAUUUUUCAUAAAGAAAAUGAAACCUAACUUAAGGAAAGAAAUCGUAGUUUUUGCAGUAAAAUAACAUUUUUUAAACCAUUUAAAUCAUCAUAAAUUAAAUGCAAAUACUACGGUGAUGCAUAAAUGCUAGAGUGUAAUGACUGACAUUAGGAAAAGAUUAAAGAAUAAAAUGCAAUAAAAUUAAAAAAUGAUGCAUAAUUUUACGAAAGCUUUUUUGCAGUAAAUUAAAAUGAGUUUAAUGCAAUGUUUUAAAGUUUAAACCAGCAAAAAUGAAAGAGAGGAAAACAAAUCUUGUCAUUUAUGGAUAUUUUUUUAAAUCAGCCAAUUACAGAAACAUGUUCUGCAUUAAAUGAAUCAAAAUGCAGCGUGCAGUUAAUUGUGUUUAAAAAAAAAAAAGAAACUGUUACGUUACUAAAAACCGCCUUUUUUCUUUUGCAUUCGGGAUGUUUUUGACCGGUUUUGUGAGAUUGGCCCGCUAAUAGCGCUGUAUUGUUUGGUUCAAGCACCAACUUUUAUUAAACUACCCAAAGGUUAAUCAACUUUCUGUGUAAUUGAAAGCUGAUUGUUCAUCAGUGCCGAGGAGUCUUGAGGGAAUGUAGCAGAGACGAUGAGAGAAAUGGCAGAACUGCAAUAAUAAAGAGAAGAAGAAGAAACGUGAUUGUAUCAGUGACGGUGAUUGUAGGUGCAUUUCAUUGUAACCAGCCUGUUUUAACUGGUGUAACGUGUUAACGAAGGGCUUUAACCGUGUAAAUCCACCCCUAGUUGACAGAGAUUAGUAGCUCAGGACUGUUAUAGUGAACGACUGUGAGCGUUUCUCUCUGCAGCUCACCAUCAACCCGAGGCCUCUAAGAGUGUGUGUGUUUGAGUGUGUGUGUCGGUGUGUGUUCAGAUGACGGGGAAUUUAUGAAUGGAUGUCCGUGGCGAUUUUGCUCUCACUUCCUUCUCUUGAAACUUUUCCAGAAUUUUUAGAGCUAGCAGUUUAUAACAUGCUCUCUGCCUCUGAUCAUGCCUAUUUUUCUAUACGCAUCUCAUAAUCAUCAUUACAUAUCAUCAUUUACCUUAUAUUGUAGUUUCUUAAUCUUACAAUAAACGUGCAUGCCGAUUUACUGUAUUAGAGUAGCAAACAUUUUUAUCGGAAUUUUAUUUAGCCUUACUUAAUACGGAAUUGUAUUACACUCAUUUUGUUAUUAAAAUUUUUAAAAGAA